GCAAAUUGUCAGGGACUGGUGGCCUGCAGGCAGCCUGUGUUGUUGACUGCAAGUCGAUUCCAUCCUUCAGACACUAGUUAGAAAGGGCCGUGUGUUUUGGAUGGGGGUGGCAGCAGGGAGGAGGAGAUGCUGCGAGCAGAGUUCUUGAAGCUGCACUCCUCUAGGGAAGCCGAGCAGUGAGGGAGCUUUUUUACAGAGCGGAGAGCGUGUGAAUUGGAAAGAAUCCUGAUCGCUGGCUAGUCCCAGCUCCUCUCCGGAAAAGCUCUUGCUUCAGAGAUGCGUUCUGCUUUCGCCUGCAUCACACUGCAUGCUUUAAUAUAUUAUUGAAACUACACACUCACAUCCACAGUGGUUUCAUGUUGACAGAUUGCAUACUUUGAAAGCUUGAGAUACUUUAUCAUGAAAUAUGCCGUGUGGGAACUUUGAAGCAUAGAAUUCUGUCAAACACCUGAACAAAGAAUUCUUCACCUGGUAUGUAAGAAAACUUACCACCACGAUGACAAACCAGGAAAAGUGGGUGCACCUCAGCCCCUCAGAAUUUUCCCAACUUCAAAAAUAUGCUGAAUAUUCUACAAAGAAAUUAAAGGAUGUUCUUGAAGAAUUCCAUGGUAAUGGUGUGCUUGCAAAGUAUAAUCCUGAAGGGACGAUAGAUUUUGAAGGUUUCAAGCUAUUUAUGAAGACAUUCCUGGAAGCUGAACUUCCUGAUGAUUUCACAGCACAUCUUUUCAUGUCAUUCAGCAACAGGUUUCCUCGUUCUAGUCCAAUGGUAAAGACUAAGCCUGCUCUCCUUUCAGGAGGUCUGAAGAUGAAUAAAGGUACCCUCAACUCUCCCCGUACUUCUCCUGCAAAUACAAGUUCCCCAGAAGUGAUCCAUCUGAAGGACAUUGUCUGCUACCUGUCUCUCCUUGAAAGAGGAAGACCUGAGGAUAAGCUUGAGUUUAUGUUUCGCCUUUAUGACACGGAUGGAAAUGGCUUCCUGGACAGCUCGGAACUAGAAAACAUUAUCAGUCAGAUGAUGCAUGUGGCAGAGUACCUUGAAUGGGAUGUCACUGAACUUAACCCAAUCCUCCAUGAAAUGAUGGAAGAAAUUGACUAUGAUCAUGAUGGAACAGUUUCUCUUCAGGAGUGGAUCCAAGGAGGAAUGACCACUAUUCCACUUCUUGUGCUCCUGGGCUUGGAAAAUAACGUGAAAGAUGAUGGACAGCAUGUGUGGAGACUCAAACACUUUAACAAACCUGCCUACUGCAAUCUCUGCUUGAACAUGCUGAUCGGUGUAGGGAAGCAGGGCCUCUGCUGCUCCUUUUGCAAGUACACAGUCCAUGAGCGCUGUGUGGCCAGAGCACCGCCCUCUUGCAUUAAGACCUAUGUGAAGUCCAAGAAGAACACCGACGUCAUGCACCAUUACUGGGUUGAAGGCAACUGCCCGACCAAGUGCGAUAAGUGCCACAAAACAGUGAAAUGUUACCAGGGCCUGACAGGACUGCAUUGUGUGUGGUGUCAGAUCACACUGCAUAAUAAAUGUGCUUCUCAUCUAAAACCUGAAUGUGACUGCGGACCUUUGAAGGACCAUAUUUUACCACCCACAACAAUCUGUCCGGUGGUACUGGAAAGAUUAACAACAGUGAAAAAAGAAAAGGGUGGUUCUCAGCAGCCAAACAAAGUGACUGACAAGAACAAAAUGCAAAGAGCCAACUCUGUUACCAUGGAUGGGCAAGGUUUACAGAUCACUCCUGUUCCUGGUACUCAUCCACUUUUAGUUUUUGUGAAUCCCAAAAGUGGUGGGAAGCAAGGAGAACGCAUUUACAGAAAAUUCCAGUAUCUACUAAAUCCUCGUCAGGUGUACAGUCUUGCUGGAAGUGGACCAAUGCCAGGGUUAAACUUUUUCCGUGAUGUUUCUGACUUCAGAGUCUUAGCCUGUGGUGGAGAUGGAACCGUGGGGUGGAUCUUGGACUGCAUAGAAAAGGCCAAUGUAGCCAAGCAUCCUCCAGUUGCGAUUCUGCCUCUUGGCACCGGCAAUGAUCUAGCAAGAUGCCUGCGAUGGGGAGGAGGUUAUGAAGGUGAGAAUCUGAUGAAAAUCCUAAAAGACAUUGAAAACAGCACAGAAAUCAUGUUGGACCGAUGGAAGUUUGAAGUCAUACCUAAUGAUAAAGAUGAAAAGGGAGACCCAGUGCCUUACAGUAUCAUCAAUAAUUACUUUUCCAUUGGCGUGGAUGCUUCCAUCGCACACAGAUUCCACAUCAUGAGAGAAAAACACCCAGAGAAAUUCAAUAGUAGAAUGAAGAACAAAUUUUGGUAUUUUGAGUUUGGCACCUCUGAAACCUUCUCAGCCACCUGCAAGAAACUACAUGAGUCUGUAGAAAUAGAAUGUGAUGGAGUACAGAUAGAUUUAAUAAACAUCUCUCUGGAAGGAAUUGCUAUUUUGAACAUACCGAGCAUGCAUGGAGGAUCCAAUCUUUGGGGAGAGUCUAAGAAAAGACGAAGCCAUCGCCGAAUAGAGAAAAAAGGAUCUGACAAAAGGCCCACACUCACAGAUGCCAAAGAAUUGAAGUUUGCCAGUCAAGAUCUGAGUGAUCAGCUGCUAGAGGUGGUUGGCUUGGAAGGAGCCAUGGAGAUGGGGCAAAUAUACACAGGACUGAAAAGCGCUGGACGGCGCCUAGCUCAGUGUUGCUCUGUCGUCAUCAGGACUAGCAAGUCUCUGCCAAUGCAGAUCGAUGGAGAACCGUGGAUGCAGACCCCAUGCACAAUAAAAAUUACCCACAAGAACCAAGCCCCAAUGCUGAUGGGCCCUCCUCCAAAAACCGGGUUGUUCUGCUCCCUCGUCAAAAGAACAAGAAACCAAAGCAAGGAAUAAUCCUCUGUCGCUCCAUUCUUAGUGAUCUAAUUAGCAUAAUUAGGCCAUGGAACACUUAUGCUGGAAAUCUUUGAACCAUUUCAAGUCUUCUGCUUGUGCAAAAUCAUGGAAUUGGUUUAAUAUUUUUGUUACUGAGCUACUGUAAAAUUCAGCUAUUAGAAAAUUGUCUCAGUUAUUUAGGCAUCAUUGCAUGAAGAAAGCAGAAGUUUACAUGAAGUGAUAUUGCAUAUUUUGGUUGCAUGCAUUGCCAUAGGUUUUUAUGUCUCCCACACAUUUCUCUUCCAAUUUUCAUUUACUAACCUGUGAGAAAAAAGCUCUCAUGAAAAAGGAAAUGCCACGGGAAAUGUGAUUCUCAGUGCGAUUACAAUUAUUAAUAAGCACUAAUCAAUAAUGCUACCAUCACAGUUUUCCAUAAUCGCAGGUUGCUGUAUUUUCCUUUCAGAAACAGUGUAUCAGUGAUCUUUGACCUUUGACUUGAGAAGAAACUUUUAAUUGAAAGAUUUUAUUAAGUAGAUGUCUACAGUACCUUGUUAUAUCUAAGUUUUUCUUCAACAUUUUUAUGCUUUUGAGUGGAAUUUAAAAUAUCAGGUGUAAAGUUUACUUGUCCUGAAAAUUAGAAAAUGGUUUUUAUUUUGGUUAGUUUUGUUUUUAAUUCCAGAAAUAAGUGAAAACACGUUCCUUGGCAGUAAAGUGUGGUAAUAUGCCAAGCUUUGUUACUUACUGCAUGUGAUCUAGAAAAAUCGUAAUCGCACCAGUAACCAAAUAGAUGUUUUAAACUAAUAAACUGUGCCUAAUAAACUGUGUUUCCCACCAAAGAUUCAGAAAAAGAUGCUUGAGAGAAAUGGGUUAGUGCAUAAUUAAUUAAGCCUUGUGGAGAAAAUUUGUGUUUCUGAUGCUUCAUUUUGUGAUGACUACAACACUGGAAGACAGUGAAUUAUCCAUUAAUUAUAAUUAAAAUUCUCACCUUUCACAGACAAUAGGCCUUGCAACACAAUCAAAGCUCAGUUGCUGAUUUCCUGCUUUUUCAAUCAUUUAUAAAUAUAGACGUCCGUAAUUUUUAAUGGAUCAGUUAAC